UAUUAUUUUGGUAGUAGUUUAUUCAAGCGUGCUUUACGAAGCAUAUUUUGUCGAAUGUCUUUACUGAAAAAUGGCUGAAAAAGAAGAGACGUUGAAACUUGCCCAGCAGGCAUUUAAAAGGCUUCGUAAACGAGCAAGACAACUUGACAUCGACAGCAAACACUUUCGAAACAUAAAAUCGCUGAACAAUUUAAAGAACCAUCGAUAUCGAUGGUCGAUUGUGUUUUUGUUGUGUCUCAGUGUUGUUGCGUUGCCUUUCAUUGGUUACCGAGGAUUUAUGGCGCUUGGUGAUGAAAGUCAGACGAAACUGAUGAAGCUUUUGGCCGACAAAGUGAUGGGCAUCGAUAUAGACACAGAUACAUGUCUCCUUCCGACGAUUGAACUAUACCAAGAUAUGUUUCGACCGCCUGUUGAUUGUGGGGUAUGUGAAGAUGUCGAAACUGUUGACAUCGUGAAUAAUCUCAAAAAAGAAGAGUUUCUUGAAAAGUACGCUUACACUGGUCGACCAGUUAUCAUACGCAACGGUAGCAAAGAUUGGAGCGCUUUGUCACAUUUCAGCUUUGCAUUCUUCAAGAAUGUAUAUCCCAAAAACAGUCCUGCUCUACAGUCGUCUGACAAAGAUUGUCAGUUUUUUCCUUAUAGUACAAACUUCCAGUCUUUAGGUGAUGUAUUCAACAUGUCUGAUCGCAUGGCUCGAAUGCAAGGCGAUCCAUGGUACAUUGGCUGGAGUAAUUGUGAUUCCCGUGCAGCUAAUGUCCUGCGCAAGUACUACCGAAAACCUUACUUUCUUCCGGAUGACUCAGAGUCAAGUAAAACAGACUGGAUAUUCAUGGGUUGCCCCGGAUACGGUGCAAGUCUUCAUAUUGAUGCUGUCGACAAACCUUCAUGGCAAGCUCAAAUUAAAGGAACGAAACAGUGGAUAUUGGAACCACCACCGGAAUGUUAUUUCAAGUGCAAAACUGCCAAACAUGUAGUUACCGUACAUCCAGGCGACAUCAUUGUCCUGGAUACAAACAGAUGGUUUCAUCAAACAGAUAUCAUUGGCCAAGAUAUGAGCAUCACCAUCGGAUCUGAGUAUGAUUAACGAAAAGGAAAUUUAAUGGAUAAAUCUGUUGAAAUAAAUGUGAACAACUAGAUCUUCUUGAUGGAUUAUUGAGGCGAAGCUUAGAAAAUUCAUAAAUGUAUUUAAAGUGCUGUUUGUAAUAGCUUAUUUAUAGUAUUAAAUGAGUAGAAUAGUGUUCCUUUAUUAAAGGGAAUGUGUCUCUA